AUGCUUGCAUCGAUUCAAGGCAAUAAAGAAGAAAAGCGAAAUAUCAUACAAGCAUGGGUCUUCGAUCGAAGGUCAACCGCAAAGCUUCUAGAGAAUCUUUGCUACCUUCUAAGACAGCUCAACUACAAAAGCGAUGUGGAUACAGAUCGACUGGCAGAAGUGAUCUCGUCGGUAGCAGCACUCAUCCAGAAAUCGCCUUCACAUGACAAGACUAGGCUAGCGUGUGCUCACAUGCUUGCAUCAAGUCAUAUCUUCUCUCAAGACGAUUCCGAAGGCGACUCUGAAGGCGACUCUGAAGGCGACUCUGAAGGCGACUCUGAAGGCGACUCUGAAGGCGACUCUGAAGGCGACUCUGAAGGCGACUCUGAAGGCGACUCUGAAGGCGACUCUGAAGGCGACUCUGAAGGCGACUCUGAAGACGAACUGAUGCUUCCCCUCGAAGUUUUCAAAGGUCUUGGGCUAGGAAAGGCGACCAUGUGGAUGGCGAUCAAUGACUUCCACUACAGCAGGAGGAAGAAUGACAAAAAGGAUUUGGCCACCUGGGUCUCGCAGCAACAGGCCCAAAAUCAAUGGCAAAAAGCCGACCAAGACAUGUGUGAUUUUAUGGUUGGAAAGGAGCUUGGGUGGUUUCAAACACUACGUACAAUUUUGCUGGUACGGGCAGCAUUUGUGUCAACAGUGGCGUACAAACUGGGCUGCGAAGUAAAUCAUGUGACAAGCAAAUACCUAGCAUAG